AUGUUUAUCACGGGGAUCCCAUCUGCUCAUCUGUGCCCCUCCCCCACAGCCAGCUGCAGGGAGCUUGUGAACCCCUGGUGCAACCUGGUGACCCUCAGUGCCCACCUGAGGCGGAGGGGAGGGGUCCCCCCAGAUGCACCCAUUGCCCUCCUGGCUGAGGACGGGAACCUGGUGAGCUUGGAUGAGGGCCUGGAGGAGGGGGCUUCCCCUGCUGCCUGCAUGGGCAGUUCCCUGCUGCAGGAGCGAGGGACCUACGUCCUCGUGCACAUCAUCAAGGGGGAGGGCGCAGCCCCCACCCGCUAUGAGUCCCUCCUGGAGAACCUGGAUGAGUAUUCCCCAGAGCUGGCAGAGGGGCUGCGCUGGCUGUCAGGCCUCCCUCCCACGGGCAACAGCUGCAGGAGGCGCAUGAGCACUCGGCGUGGCCACCGGGAGCAAGGCCCCCCUCCGAGGCCUCGGAGGGUGGGCUCCUUGCCAUCCAGGACCCGCUAGCUGGGGCUAGGAGCCAGGUAUGUUGUGGGCAGGGACAGCUGGGCAGAAUGUGCAGAAGUGGAACCCUUCUUAGGGAACAAACACGUGGGCUGAGAGGCAGACCCUAAUG